AUGAUCAAGACACUUUUUUUGGGUGGCCAAGAGGUGUCUGUUCCCGGCUUCGGUGCCAUGGGCCUCAAUUCUGCCAUGGGGACAGACUUCAAUUUUGAACAGUCUGAGCCCGUUCUCUCCAAAGCCCUCGAGCUCGGAUGUACAUUCUGGGACACUGCGGUGGCCUACAAGAACGGAGAGAACGAGAAACUGAUUGGAGAGUUUGUGAGAAAGCACAAUGUUCGAGACAAGCUUUUUGUUGCCUCGAAAUGUGGAUUUGAGGUCUUUGGACCAGAGAGAAAAGUCACCAACUCAGCCUCACACAUCAAAGAAUAUAUCGAGGGGACAAUAGAUAGACUUGGCUUCACUCCAGAUCUUUACUACCUUCACGGAAUUGAUCCCAACACCCCACUGGAAGAGUCUAUCGGCGCUCUGGAUGAGCUUCGGCGCGCCGGAAAAACAAAGUACAUCGGCUUAUCUGAAUGUUCUGCCGAAACUCUGCGCAAGGCAAACGCAAUUGCCAAGAUUGACGCGGUUCAAGCCGAGUACUCUGCUUUCGAAACAUUGCACGAUACCAGUGGGUUGAUCGAUACAGCAAAGGAGCUGGGCGUGGCAUUUGUGGCAUUCAGCCCCCUUGGACAUGGCUGGCUCGUGGAUGACUUCCAGUUCAAGUCUCCGGAUGACUUUGCUCCUAACGACUUCCGACGCACCGUCCCGAAGUUCCAGGGAGAGAACUUCUACAAGAACAAGGCUAUUGUUGAUGAGAUCAAGAAGUUAGCAACCCGCAAGGGAUGUGCUGUUUCGCAGAUUGCUCUCGCCUGGGUUGCUGCACAGGGUUUGAUUACCAUCCCUGGAACGACCAAGACCACCCGGUUGGAAGAGAACUGGGCAUCCCGUGACAUCGAAUUGUCUGAGGAUGAGCUCAAGCACAUGCGACACAUUGUGGAUGCUGCGAAGCCCACAGGCGAAAGGUUUUCUGCUAUAUCCCAAUCUAUGGUUGGUCACUAG